ACCUAACCUUUCCAAAUGUCUCUCACUCUCUCCUUCACCUCCACCAACCUCAACCCUUCACUAAAACAACUCUUCUCGUCCCCAGGGUUGGCAGUUCCAUAUGUCUUUCUCCUCACUACCAAACUCCCUUCCCCAUCAACCACAACCAGCCUAACCUUUCCAAACGUCUCUCACUCUCUCCUUCACCUCCACCAACCUCAACCCUUCACUAAAACACCUCUCUUCUCGUCCCCAGGGUUGGCAGUCCGCACGCCCUCCAUCAGCUGGAUCACGAAGGAACAGGUUGUGGACAUCGGCUCCAGUGUCCAGCUCGAGUGCUCCGUCCAGUACUCGCAGGACUAUCCCGUCUUGUGGGUGAAGCGCGGGUCCGGAAGCGUGCAGGACCUCCCCAUCUCAACAGGGCCCGGGCUUAUCAUUAGGGACUCCCGCUACUCCCUCAGGCACGACAAAGGAUCCUCGACUUAUGCCCUGCAGAUUAAGGAUAUCCAGGAGAGUGACGGCGGGGACUACAUGUGCCAGGUGCUCAUCGGUAUCAACAACCGUAUUACCGCCAAUGUCAACCUGCUGGUGAGACGCCCGCCCGUCAUCUCCGACAACUCCACCAGGUCGGUGGUGGCCAGUGAGGGUGACAGCGUGGAGCUCUCCUGCUACGCCGGCGGCAUGCCCAUCCCGGACAUCUCCUGGCGAAGGGAGAACAACGCCAUCCUGCCCACCGGGGGGUCCAUCUACAGGGGCAACGUGCUGCAGAUCGGCAACAUCCGCAAGGAGGACCGCGGGACAUACUACUGCAUCGCCGAGAACCAGGUGGGCCGCGGCGCCAGGAGGAACAUCAACGUGGAGGUGGAGUUUGCCCCCGUGGUGAAGGCGAUCCGCCCCAGGGUGUACCAGGCCUUACAAUACGACAUGGAUAUGGAGUGCCACGUGGAGGCCUACCCACCUGCGGCCAUCACCUGGUUCCACAAGCAGGAGGCGCUCGUCAACAACCAGCAUUACACAGUGUCCCAGUUUGCCACCGCCGACGAGUUCACCGACACAACCCUGCGAGUGUUGAGUAUUGAGAAGAGGCAGUUCGGUAAUUACUCCUGCACCGCCACUAACAAGCUCGGCCAGUCCUCAGCCAUCGUCACCCUUAUCGAAACGACCACGCCUGUGUGUCCCCCCGCGUGUAACGCCCUCACGUACAGCGCCGCCCACACGCCCACGCCCUCCGUACUGACUGUCCUCGCCCUCUUUGCCGCUAUCCUCCUAAGGAACUAAAGAGAACACAUGGUCCCGAACAUCAGGCAUGAAGGCGUGCUAAUCUAUACUAGUGCAGGAAGCGCCCACACCUCUCCCUCACACCUUUCUCUCUCUCUCUUCCUCUUCAUCUCCUUAUGUCUUGCUCUGUCGCCUCUCCAUCUCCUCUUCUCCUCCUCUUUCUCCUCCUCCUUAUGUCUCUCAGUUUGAUGUGGAUUGGUUAGGUUAAGUUGUAUUCCACUUUUUAAUGCUUUUUCUCUGACUUUUUUUCUUUAUCUUUCUUUUUUUUUCUCCGAUUCUCUUCUUUUUCGUCUUAUCUUGCAUUCUACACCUGUUUCUUUAUUCGUUAUCUCCCCUAUUCUCCUCCUUCUACUUUUUCUCAUUCCUUUUUCCUUUAUUCUCCUCCUCAAUCUCCUCUUCUUCAUUCUCUCUCACUCCUGUUUCCUUCAUUCCUUUUUCAUUCUCCUUCUCGUUUUUCUUCUUCAUUCCUAGUAUUUCACUCUUGUUUCCUUCAUUCCUUUUACAUUCUCCUCCUCCUCCUCCUCAUUCUCUUUUUCAUUCCCUUCUUUCUCUUUAUUCACCUCCCAGUUCGCAACAACAACAAAAAAAAAGUGGAUUGAUUUACCUUCUUCCUUCCUUCCUUCCUUCCUUCUUUCCUUCCUUCCUUCCUUCCUUUCUUUCUAUCGCCCUUUCCUUUAUUGCGUCCUUUCUUUCCUUCCUUCCCUCCGUCAGUGGUGAGUAGGAUCAAGUCAAGGCCGUAUCCUGCAGGUCCUAAGGCUGGGCGAAGGAUGUCAAGAGGUCAGGACUUCAGUGUGUGUGUGUGUACGUAUGUUUGUGGACACUUGUGUAGAAAAAAAAAAAGUGGAGGUGAACAUACACAUAAGAACAAAGAUCAUUAGUGUGUGUGUGUGUGUGUGUGUGUGUGUGUGUGUUAUCCUGCCUAUGUAUCGCACUCCAGCAGCAAAGAAAGAAAGAAAGAAAGAAAGAACCGAACCGAAUCUCGAACCAGUUUCAAGUCUCAGAAGCAGUUUCAUGAGCCAAUUUCAAAGCACACACGUUCUCAUAUACCCCGUUCACAUUAACACCGAAACUAAGCCCCGCCUACUCUGAUCCAACCACCAAUCACAUUCAACCUCUCCCAGCAUCCACCAAUCACAUGCAGCCUGGGUUCAGAAGGGGGCGUGGCCUACUGAUGGAGUGGCCACUGAAAUAACAGCUGAAGGGAAAAGUGGGCGGGGCUAAAUUCUGAAAAGUGGGCGGGGCUAAAUUCUGAGCCUAGCGUGAACGGAGUAUAUAGUGAAGCUGAAGUCCACAUUAUGUAUAUAUAUGUCUGAGUGAUGUGUGUUUUUUUUCUUUUUAAUAAGGGGAGGUGGGUGGGUAUUUACGAAGUGAAUAACCUAUAACAAAGAGUAGUUUAAGUUUAGAUAAUUUCAGAUCCCCCAAAACAAGCAAACUCCAUGUGUACGAUAGUUAUAAGAGGUUUCGAUUCUCUAUGACACAGUAUUUUCAAGAGGGAGUUUGAGGAGGGAUAUAGUUCUCUCUCUCUCUCUCUCUCUCUCUCUCUCUCUCUCUCUCUCUCUCUCUCUCUCUCUCUCUCUCUCUCUCUCUCUCUCUCUUUCACCUGUCCUUACCUCACUAAUUAACCCUCUGAGCACCUGCGGCCUUCUCUCAUAUCACUUUUUAACCUUUUUUUAUUUUUUUGGUUAAUAGACCAACCAUUCCGUGUGUGUGUGUGUGUGUGUGUGUGUGUGUGUGUGUGUGUGUGUGUGUGUGUGUUUACAUCUGUCCCCUCCCCCCCUUCUCCCCCCCCCCCUCUUUGCAGUGCCUCUCAAGGUGAUUCAAGGUAAAUAGUUGCUUAAUUAACUCUUAAGGGGGUUGGCGUGUGGUUCUAACUUACCUGUAUCAUACCUGUCCCGCGUUCGAAUCCCCUUCCGUGACAUGAACGCUAAUGAAGAGAAGAAAAAAAAAUAUUGUGUAGAAAAUGCUGACGAAGAAGAAAAAGAAGAAGAAGAAGAAAAAGAGGAAGGAGGAGGAGGAGAAGAAAACAAGAAAAAAAAAAUAAUGUAGAAAAUGCUAAUGAAGUAAAAGAAGUAGAGGAAAUAAAGAAAAAAAAAACAUUAUCUAAAGUCAACGAUCGGGAAAAAAAAGCAAGUUAAACCAAUAAGCAAAACCAAUUAAACUUUACCUGGUCAAAAUCAACAGGUAGAAAGAGACAGGCGUAAUAACUGCAAAAAGCAUAGACAGUAACGUUAGAUUAGGACAGGUAAAGACUAAUUAAAUUGCCUACCUGAGCUGUCUUAGUGGUUAGGUAAAUAGGCGAUGUAGUAAUUAAAUAGCCUAUCUGUAUCACCUGUAUCAGAGCAGUAGGCUAGUUUGAG